GGCGCUUUGUGUAGACGUAGUCUUGUUCGAUCUCUUUCCGUUUCGCAGAUAUUUACGUAAAUUUGUGUAAAAUGUCAAGUAACACGCCUCAGUGGAAGCGACAGUCCUCCAGACAACUGAUUUGCCUUUAAGACUUCAAAUGAUGAAAUAUUUCAACCCCCGCACGAAAGAGCGAAUUCAAGAUGACGCACACGACGCACUCUCCGUCAGGCUUCGGGGAGAUGGCUCGUCACAGACCUAUUACACUAACAGCAAUGUUAUUAGUUCAGUGUCAUCCAGUUUUUCGCUAUUGUCGAGAAGACAAGGAGAUAGAGAUGAUGUCCAACUAAAAUCGCGAGUGGAUUCAUUCGUUGUCAAAACAACAUGUAGCGAGAGUAAAAAAAUUGAUAUCCAAGUAGCACGUUUUGUUUAUGCCACAAACUGUGCUUUUAGAGCAGUGGAACACCCCGAGUUUAAGCGGCUAAUGGGAAUGUUGCGUCCAGGAUAUCAGCCACCUAAUCGUCAGCAAACAGGAAACGAACUUCUUAGUAACGUAUUCACAACUUUACAAGUAGAAAUAAAAAUGGAAUUAGGUAAUGAAUCAGUAUGUCUGUUGAUGGUUGGAGCAAUAUUAGAAAUGAUUCAAUAGUGUGUGUGUGUCCGUAAAUGAUAUUCAAGAAGGUAAAGUAUAUCUAAUUGACACUGUGGAUACUGAAGACAAAAGUCAUACUUCUGAAUACUUGUUAAAUUUAUUAGUGGAGUCCAUAAGGCGUUGUUACACAGAUUAUACGUAAUUGUACUGUCAGAAGUGUUGUGACAGAUAAUGCUGUAAAUAUGACUAAGAUGCGUGCAGAAUUAGCAAAAUGCGAUUGAGCAGGUCUAGCUGAUAUACUUACUUAUGGUUGUUCUGUACACAUUUUAAAUUUAUUUGUACAAGCUAUUCAGGUGCCCACUUUGAAAGAACACAUAAAGAAAAUUAUAAAUUGCUUUAGAAAUGUACAUUUCGCAACAGGCAAAUAUAAAAUAUCUGGCGGAAAAGCUCUCGUGAUGCCACAAGAUGUUAGAUGGAACACUUUAGCUGACUAUUCUCGGAAAAAAUUAAUGAUUUAAAUUUAAAAUAAAUGCCCAGGACUAUUUAGUAAAGUUAAAACAAGUAGCAAUUGCUCUAGAUAAGAUUCAACGAGAUGACUGCACAAUUAGCGAAUGCACUGACAUUUUUAUAGACCUAUUUGCCUUUUUUAAAGAAAAUGAAAAUUACACUGAUUCAGAUAGAAAUCAUUUUGUAAAAAAGGUUUCUUAAUAUGGCUAUGUCUCCAACACACUAUCUGGCAAAUAUACUAGAUCAUCGAUUCCAAGGACUUUUAAAUUGAAUCUAGACCAUCGCGAAGAAGGGAUUGAGUAUGCCUCUCGUCAUUAUCCUGAAGCGAUGCCUUUUACUAUAAGUUAUCACUAUUUAAGGAUUAUUUAUUUCAAGACAAUUUGAAAGGCCUCACAACACUUGUUUGGUGGAAGUCCUUGAAAGAUAACUUAAAUGAAGUUACAGUUGACCUAGUUCAGCAGCUUCAUACAGCAGCUGCUUCAUCUGCUGGACUUGAGCGUAUUUUUUCCUUAUUUGGGAUAAUCCAUACCAAACUGCGCAAUAAGUUGGGCACAGAAAAAGCAGCAAAAUUGGUCACAGUACAUAUUUAAAUAACUAAACGAAAGCGUGAAAAAGUAGGUAAUUACAUUUUUUUAUUUGGAGUUGCGUGAUUUUAGAUUUUAAAAAUAUGGAUUUCUGGAUUUUUUGUUAAAUAAGAUGGGUUGUAUACUUUUAUACAAAUUUGUUAAGUAACUUAUUUAAUGUUAUUAUACAA